GGAGGCGACGGCGGAAUGGCUGUGUCCGCAGUCCAGCAGGCGGCAGGAGCGGCGGCCAUGAAGCUGGGCCGGCUGGGUGUGUGCGGGCGCGCGCUGGUGGCGCUGCUGCUGGGCUGGCUGCUGGUGCUGCUGCUGGUGGCCGUGCCCGCGCUGCGCGCCCCGCCCUCCGCCCCCGCCGCCCCCCGCCGGCUCGAGGAGCGCCUGCGCCGCGCCUUCGCCGACCUCGACGUGCUCAAGCGGCAGCACCUCGAGCUGCGCGACAUCCUCGCCUCCGUCAACAUCGGGAAGGACAUGUCACUGAGGCCAGAGGAACGGGAGGCAGUGCUACGUGACCUUCAGGAGAAGUUGCGCCGCGCAGAGUCGCUGCUGGAUGGGCCGGCAGCCACACAGCCGCAGCCAGCGCCCUUCGAUGACAAGUACUCCGACAUCGAGCAGCACGACGAGCCGGAGCAGCGAUACGAGGUGGCACGGAGGCGUGUGGCACAGGGCUCUCAGGAGAUGUGGUACUACGUGUCAGCGGAGCUACGGCACCUGCAGAAGCAGCUGGCCGAGAUGGGCAAUGCGCUGGGUGGUGAGCGGCAGCAGCAGUUAGCAGACCAUGUGGGACACGUCCUCGACAUGGCCCAUGAGCACCACAGGUCCCUGCAGUCGGACAUUGACGAGUUGGCCAGAGUGGACGGCUACGAGGCGUGGCGGGAGCGAGAAGCCGCCGAGCUGAGUGACCUGGUCCAGAGGCGGCUGCACAGUCUGCAGAACCCACAGGACUGCAACACUGCCCGCAAGCUCGUCUGUGCCCUCAACAAGGGCUGUGGCUACGGCUGCCAGCUGCACCACGUGGUGUACUGUCUGUUGGUGGCGUAUGGCACCCAGCGGACCAUGAUCCUCAAGUCCAAGGGCUGGCGGUACCACAAGGGCGGCUGGGAGGAGGUGUUCCUGCCUGUGUCCGAGACGUGCAUCGAUGCCGGCGGCAGCUCCAGGUCUCACUGGCCCGGCAAGUCACACACACAAGUGGUGGAGCUGCCCAUUGUGGACUCACUGUCCCCGCGGCCGCCCUACCUGCCGCUGGCCAUCCCCCGAGACCUGGCACCCCGCCUCGCCCGCUUGCACGGUGACCCCCCGGUCUGGUGGGUGGGACAGUUCCUCAAGUUCCUGCUGCGUCCGCAGGAGGGUACUGCUCGCAUGCUGCACGAAGCCGCUGACCGCCUCAGCUUCGUCAAGCCCAUUGUUGGGGUGCACGUGAGGCGGACAGACAAGGUGGGGACAGAGGCCGCCUUCCACCACAUUGAUGAAUACAUGAGCUACGUGGAGGACUACUACCUGAAGCUCGAGCUGAAGCAAGGCAAGACCGUCGAGCGGCGUGUGUACCUCGCCUCUGACGACCCCAAGGUCAUCGGUGAGGCCCGCAGCAAGUAUCCCCAGUAUGAAAUUCUCGGAGAUCCAUCCAUUGCGAGGACUGCCGCAGUUGCCACACGCUACUCUGACUCUUCACUGAAUGGCAUCAUCAUUGACAUCCAUUUCUUGUCACUCUGUGACUACCUCGUCUGUACAUUUUCAUCCCAGGUGUGCCGGGUAGCCUAUGAGUUGAUGCAGACUUUGCAUGCGGAUGCAUCGGACCGCUUUAAAUCACUGGACGAUAUAUAUUACUAUGGGGGCCAGAACCAGCACACACAGGUUGCUGUCAUCCCACAUAAGCCUCGAGCCGGCAGCCGAGGUGAGCUGGAACUGAGGCCGGGAGAUGCAGUCAGUGUUGCAGGUAACCACUGGGAUGGCUGGAGCAAAGGCCGGUCCAUUCGGACUGGGCAGAUUGGCCUUUACCCAUCGUUCAAGGUCAAAGAGAAGUUAGAUGUAGUGGACUUCCCAACAUACCCAGAAGUACCUCUAAGGAGACAAAGGUUAUUGUCUUGAAGAUGAGCAGCAAAGAAAGGAGGGUCGCUUCAAGACAAAUUGUUUAAUUCUUCCUCUGAAGUGUCAGCGCGUUACUGUGAAUGGACAAUGUUCUGUCACUCUGAGGUGCGGGUUUCAAAUGGAUUACGCUUAUUGUACAGUGUGUUUAUGUCUCUCUGUUGCGUGCUCUUGUUCAGAAUUCAAGAGUAAUAAAUGUACAGUGUACAGGAAUUGUGCAUCUUUAUGUUGUACAGUUAUCUGUGUGAUGACAAACUUGUCUUUUAAAAAAUUCUUUUGAGCAACAGAUAAGGGUGUUAUCCAAUGUAAGUUGUGUAUAACUGUAAGUACAAUGGAAAUAGCAAUAAGCCGACAAUUUAUUAAUUUAUUUGUGCUGGUAGGCUGCACAGCAGGACAGUAUUCAAGUAACCAUUGCAAAAGGGGUAGCGACAUAUGUUGUAAUGUAAUGUGUCAGAGAGAGGAAAUUCACACCAAGUCAUUGUAAAUUAUUCUUUUUGUAUUGAUAAUGCUGUAGGAGAAAGACAAUUGAGAAGUGACUGUUGUUGGCAGUGCUUAGUACAGUUUUAAGAUCCGGGCUUGUACAUGUACUAAGGUGUUCCUGGGGUACUGGUGCUUUAUCUAGGACUUUAAAUGUACACUUUCUUUAUCAGUGUUUUAUGACACAGUGUAAGGAAUGUAAGUUAAUGUGAGAUGUAUGAUUAUCUCCAUUAGUUUCAACAGUACAAAGUAUAGUGGUGCAGAAGUUGCUCCAUAUCUUGUUUCCAUGACAAACCCACUAUGAAAUGGAACAGGUGGAUGUGAAAUCUUGGCAUUGGUAUUUCUGAAAUAAGCAAUGACUAUGUUGGACAAACUUUACAAAUAUACACAAAUUAAUCUUUUAGUUUAUAUACUGAAGUAUUCAUGUGCAAUAUUUUAUAUCGUACAUUCUGUGUAGAUAAGGCACUGUGUGGCAGGGGGGAUGAAUGAUUCUGUAAAAAUCAAAGAGUUACUCAAAUCCAGAGAAGUACUAAAGGUCAUAUUCGUUGAAAUGUUGUUUGUUCAGGGGUGGAGUGAGGUGGGGGCAGAGAGAGGUAUGGAUUUGAAAUGAAUCUUGUGUGUGUAAAGUGUUAGUUGGUAAUUUUAUUAGUGAGGAAUUAAAAUAUUUUAUUUUUGUAAUCAGCAAUGGUAUUAAGUGUAAUCAGCUUUAUUUUACUGUUUAUUCAAUAGUAUAUGUAUAUGUAAAGUGCCCCUGUUAUAUAUAAAAUGUAUAUUUAUGUACAGCAGAUGUAUUGUAUUAUAUGACACUUGUUAUGAUGAACAAAAUGAAUAUUCUGGGGAGAUUUAAGUCACAGGAUACCAGAUUUCUAAAUUAUUUAAUGAUGCUAGUAUUGUGUAAGUUCAGAUCACAGUGUUUAUAACUAUGCUGCACUUUUUAAAUAAGGGAACUGUUUGAAACAAAACACUUUACAUUGAAAACCUAGUGGAAAGUUACUUACAGAGCUUUUAAGAUUUUGAGAGUCUACAAAACCAUGCAAUUUCUUCUUUGAGAAACUGCUUGCAUUAAAAUUAACAUUUUUGUAAUGCAUUUUCUGACAUUUCAGUAAAAAUGUAUAGAAAGAUACGACAAAAAAAAAAAAAAAAAAAUUCAAAGCAGAUCAGCUACAAUAUUCUACACAGUAGAAGCAGCCCAUGUAAUGUCUCUUUAAAGUAUUUAAGAGAGUACUUCUGUACAUAAUGAUCGUUUCAACACAAUUAUUACUGUUUGUACAACACUUGCCUCUGCUUUUGAGGAGUGAUUUUGCCCUACUCUUCUUCACCAGUUUUGAUUAUGUUCCAUGGUACAUGCUGUAAGCCUGUAGUAAUUAAAACUGAAUACUUUCAUUGUUGCAUAAUGCCUUUUGUAUUCCAGUGAAACUAGUUGGCCUGCAUGGCAUUUGCAGCUGUCUAUGUUCCAUGAUGUUGCUCACAGAUUCAUUCAAAUAAAAUGUAAUGAUACUAGUUUCAACACAAUUUCGUAUGUUAAAUCACUGGAGAGAUCACAUAAAUUCAGGGCCAUCAGGUAGUAUGAUGGCCAGACUGUAAAUGUGACAGGAACAAGAACAUGUGCUUGUACUAUGAUGUUUCCCUGAGUUAUAAAUGUUUGCACUAAGAACAGUACUAUUGUGCAUAAAUGACUUUGAUUUGUAACACUCAAUCAUCUAAUGAAAUUUCUAUAUUCCAUCAUCUUUUGGGCAUGCAUCCAAGACAUUAAUUCUUUGUUUCUAUAUUUGGCUGUAUUCUCAGGUUGGCACACUUGCAAGAUUUUUAAAUCGCUGUACACAAUACUGUGGAGUAAACACUUAUGUGUCAUAUAUGUACAGAUGUUAUAGUAUAGCUGAAACUGCAAGAAACACAUCUAAGGAACUUGUCAAAAUUAUCUUGUUGGCUCCAUAGUGUAGGAAGAAUUGGAAAUGUCAGCUGUUAAGAUAUUUUAUUACACAGAAUAAGUACUAUCAAUUAUCUUAUUUUGUCUGUACUUUUGCUAGGUAAUCAGACUCAUAUAGUAUUGUGCAGGCAUCUCUGUCUGGUUAUUAUCAUAUUAUAUAUUUGAUACUUGUGGUAUUGAAGCUUAGAAUUUCAAAAUUGGUAGCAAAUGACAAAAAAAGCAAUAUAUGAAGCUGGUUGAAGACUAAACAGUAAGAGAAUAAACUGUCUUCAUUCUCCACAAUAAAAUUAGUGUGUUUGAAUACAACAGAGCUGCUUAUUGGGCUGUACUGGACCACACAGCAUAAAUUUGACAUGUCUCCUGUAUGCAAACCAAAUGGAUUGCAAAUGUACGUCAUGAGAUGAAUAAAACACAAUUCCCAUUUCAGAAUUUUCUGUCUGCACAUAUUACUUUCAUUCUCUUUGAGGUUCUCAGCUGCAUGGGCACCUCUCGCAAUUUAUUUGGAUAAAAAUGGUUACAUGAUCUUUAGGUGAGGCACUGCUUUUUUGUACUAUGUGUUACAGAGCAUGCUAUAUAAUUUUGAAUAAAGGGCAUGGUUAAACAAAUAAAGAGGGAUGUAAUACCAGAAGAUAUGCAGACAACAGAGCCAGCUUUGGUCCUGAUCAUGAAUUAAAAGUGAACAAAAAAUUGUUUAUGAACUGCCGAAAGUCUCUAAACCUGAUGUGUAACAAACUUGAUCUGCAUUGUAACCAUCUAGAUUUCCAUUACAUUGUUUUUAAUCUUGCAUGCCUGCAGAAAAAAAGGGAUUGCUUAUGUCACUGUGUGGGAAUUCUGCAAUAAUUCUUAGCUAAGUGCACAAUUUUAUUAACCAGUUUCAAUUGUUCAACAAACUGACACUCAUACUUAGCUCAAAGACUCAUAUACGCAACUACUUACGGACAGUAUUAGCACUAACAAUGCACUAGCGUGAGCUAGAAUUUAGAGCGGCCUAAUAACAGAAAGGAGCGUUGAUAGUUUUCUAUUUGUUAUGCGACUAUAUCAUUGUGCAUUAUGUGAGGUAUUCAACUGUAUCUGAAGGUUUCCCAUACAACUGUGUGCUUUUUUGUUGUUCAGGAGAUUGUAUUAUGUGGAUGGUGGUUUAAAUGGUGCAAAUAGUGUAUAUACAAAGCUGUCAUUAUUACUGCCAAAGAGAGAGCUAAAGAAACAGGUUGCAUUGUGACUUCUGUAGUUUUGUGAAGAGACCUUGUGGCUGUAUUUCAGUGUAGUUCAGAAUCUUUCUCUGUUCCUUUAUUUAAAUGGAUUUUCAUUGAAAAAAAUGUUAUUUGGUUUUGUGAAGUUUUGUAAAAUUGUGGGAGAAAGAUGGAAAAAAAAUACAUAUUCUGAAGUAUA